AUGCCGGUGAGCCGACCGACGCAAAGGAAACACUCCCCUCGGAGGACAGGCACCUCGGGGCCGACACCUGGAGCAGACGGGUCAGGAGUGGCCGCUGCCUUCAGGGGACACCGGCACGGGCGUGGGGCGAAAGAACCUCGGUCCCGGGAGCCCAAUGAGAAGCGCCCCCACCCCAAAGGUCCCGCCUCUUUGGGCGCCGGCCCCGCCCCCAGGGCCGGGGAGAUGCCCGCCUCUCGGCGCGCCGCAGUCCAAUCGGGAGGCGCGCCCGUCCGGACGGACGGCAGCCGGCCCAAUCCCCGGGCCUUGGGCCGCGUCGUCCCGCCCCCCCGCCGGGCCGAGCGGCGGGCGAGAGCGGGCCUCGGGGCGGCGGCGGCGGCGGACGCGGCCUGA